CCAGGAAACUGGCCUGCUGUCAUUUUAUCAGCGGUUCACAGUUCACGAUGUCACACACGGACGCCAGUGACAGUGAGCAAAACUCCCUUACAACUACGUAAGCUUGUUCAAAGUGGUAGACACUCUUAUCUAUUGUUUUGAUGCAGUACGCAGACCAGAGAAUUUUUUCCCACAAUGAUAAAUUAUUCUUAAACAACGGAUUAGUACAUAUUUCUUCAAUAACAUGAGAGACAGGCAUCAACUGUGACAGUCAACCCAUAUGAUACAUGCACUCACUCCUCAGUAGACUAGCAGGCUGUGAUCCAUUCCCAUUCUUCUCUGAGACCUCUAAUUCCCAGGGCUGCCCAGAACCAUCCACCACCCAGAGUUCCCAUGAUCAGCAACCCAAAGCGCUGGGUGAUGAAGCCCUUCUCCCCUAAGCUAGAGCAGUCGGAUUUGCGCUCCAUAUUGAGCCCUACAGGCCAACCACAGUCACUAGAGAACACGUGGAGUAGCAGUCAGGAUGGUAACUCUUUCAGGUUCAGCUUUGAAAGCAUAACUGUAACAGACAUGCAGCCCACUGUGAUAGUGUCCUCUGGAUAUGGCAAUAGUCCUCCAGAUGUGGUGGUCCAGGCUAGGCAAGUGGCUGUGUCUGAGGAUGGAAGUGACAGUGAAGACUUUAGGCCCAGUACUCCAAGCAACCCCAGCAGCCCUGGAACCGCCAGCAGUACAGGCUCACAUGUUGGAUUCUAUUCCUUUGUAGAGGACCCAGCAAGUCCAGAAGCAGAGAUGAAUGAGGUCUACAUGGUUUCUUCACAAAGGCAGGCCAAACUGAAUACCCUGAAGGAGAAGAGCACCUUUAAGCUACAGACGUACACAGAGGAAAAAAUACCUGGAAGGCUUUUCGAAGAAACUAAUGGAGAUGACCAUUACCAAAUCGAGGAUGCCUCCACAAUGAACGAAGAUGGGGAAAAUCCAGACCGAAUUGAGAUCAUCCGGAAUCAGGCACCCAAGAAAAGCCCUGCCCUUAAAGAGCAGUGGAGUGUCUUAGAAAAUCUGAACCUCAGUAACACGCCACAAAGACUCCUGCAUGGGUUUAGUCUAAGCUACAAACCAGUGAGCGAGAAGACUGAAGAAGCCAGGGUGGAGCCUGGCACCAUAGACAAUGAGCAAAUUGACUUCAAUGCAGCACGAAAGCAGUUUCUAAUGAUGGAAGAAUCAAAACAGAACCCCUUCCUACAGAGUCCCGAGCGGCUCCCUUAUUCCCCCAAACUGCGGGGAAGAACUCUAUCCUCAACGGCCAGCAUCUUCACUCUAAGACAAGUAAGCAAAGAGAACAGCCCAGAGGAGAAUGAGAUCCCACAAGCAACACAACAAGAAAAAGAAGUAAAGACUGAAACUGUGACUGAGGAUUCAAAAAAUGGAGGUGCCUUAGAUGAUGUUGACUCUGGUCUUGGUGACCGAAGUGGAGGAUACGCCAGCGAUGGUAACAUUUCGAACGAUCCUUCCAUUUCAGAAAUGGAAAGCAGCUUGACGAUGUCAAGUGCAGAGGAGACUCCCAUUCAAAGGGAAAUCAGAAUUUCCCAACAACGGGAAGAGAGUCUACGUCGAUCAAGGGGUAUCUUGCACAAAGACAAUUCAGAGAUGGUGGAGAUCAGGAUAAAGCCAAUUCUGUCCCUGUCAUCGCCACAGGUGAAAGCUGCAAAACCCAAAGAACCCAACAGAGUAAGUUUCCUUAUUCAGAGAGAGCGUGAGCUUGAGAAACAGCGACAGAUCACAAACAGUGUUUCAAGCCAUGAUACCCAAGAGAACCAAGUACAGGACAAUAAGAAGUCAUUUGAGUCACAACCAGAUGAAAUUCCAGUAACAUCUUUGGGGGCAAGUCUAAGAGAAAGUCCCACAACUGAUUUAGAGCAAAGCACAGUCUCUGCAGAUGACAUGUUGAUUAGAGAGAAAGCUGCACUAGUAGAGGAAGGUGACCUUUUUGACUCAAAGGAAGUUCUUUCGCCUUGCUGUCCUCAUCGACAUCCUGAUGAAUCUAUCCUUCAGAGAAACUCUGACAGCAGCACUUUUGGAAAACAAGUCCAAGUAAGUGCAUGUCUUGAGGACCAUUUUAAAGUAAGCAUUAAUAAAGAAAAUGGUGUAGAGUGCCAAACCAAUACCCUCAGAACAAAGAAAGAGUCAUCCUGGAUUGUGGAAAAUGACAACAGCAUGUCAGGAAGGAACAGAUUUUACCCUCAAAAUUAUCCGUCCCCACUGGAACCUGCUAAAAUUAGUCGGUACACUCCUACCUGGAAAUCUCACCUCGAGUACACCGACUGGAGCCCCAAAAUGCAGAAUGCCCCAAACAGCAUCCGUCAGGAAAUCGAAGAAGACCUCAGACGAGAGCAAGAGCUCCAAGAGCUGAGAGAGUCCAGUAGUCAGUCUUUCUCAGUACCCAACCCAGCAUCCGUGAAUCCAGUGCCAAGUUCCUCUGAACCCAGGUCUCCUCUAACCAGCGAGGAAACUGUAUUUUCACCACAAACUCCACAUGGGAACAUGGCAGAAGUGGAUUCGGUAUUUUCAGAAAAGAAAACUAAUUACAGUAAUCCUUAUUCUGGGAGUCUGGACACUUCUCGAUCAUCCAUGACAGAUAAAAGUUCACAGUUGUCCUCACCACGACCCACUUUCAGACUUCCCUCUGUGUCAAUUAUGACACCCCAGCCAUGGGGCAGCCCGAAACCCAUGUCCCCAACUGUUUCCAGGACAACCCCCAUCAAGCCCUUGAGCGCACUUGCUGACCUGUCAUCGCUUUCUUCCCAGAAAGGUCUGACUGAGACACUGCUAAAGGACUUUGAGGACAGACGGGUCAAACUGAAGCUGGAAGAAAGUGCAUAUGCUGGGAUCCAACCUAUUGAUGCCAUAAACAAUGAGGUUGUAGUGGCCACCCGUGUAAUAAGGCAUAAAAACCAAAGAGCCCUGCAGUGGGAGGCAGGCAUGUACACCAACCAGGAGAGCUAAUGAAUCAGCACCGACAUAACAGGACACACCAGAAAUCAUCUUCAGAUGAGAAGGACUGGUUUUAAUUCCACAUUACACUUACCAAGCACUCUUCUAGUGUCACCUCACCAUAUAAAAUCAAUGAACAUGAAACAUGGACAUUGCUUCCAUCUCACUCAGUUUAGCUGGCUGGUCUGAAUCGACUGGUGUGGUGGAAAUAGGUGUAGGUGUGGAGAACAUCUUACCUGCUUGCAUGGGGUGAUUUGUAAGCUCUAGCAAACUGGAUCAUGAAAACUUUCUUAAUCUAUUUCUCCGCCCAGUACUAACAUUUAACUACCAUCCUUAAUACUUAUAAAAUAUACACAUUUAUACAGAUCUGUCAUCUGAAAAUACAACAUCAGACUGUGUUCCAAAUUAUUAAUGUCACUAACCUUCAGAUCCUCAGCACUUAAAUGGAUAGACCAGCUUGCUUUUUAUACAAGGAAUAAAACCAAAAAAGCAAAGUAGAAUCACAGAGCCGGGUUCCUACAUAGAGAGGAGGGACCAUGAGAUCUGGACCUGGACAUGAACUCAUUAAUACACAAGCCUGUUGAUCUAACAAAGUGGUCUUUAUUUUUAAAUAAUGUUGAAUCUUGCUUUCCACUGAAAAAAUAUAAAAUAUCAAUAGAAGAUUAUUUUUGUAUUGAAUAUUGAAGAUAAAGUUGCA